GGUCCCGGACACCGAAAAAUGAACAACUCAGCUCAAAAUACUCUUCAAUUUGAAGGAAUUCGCUGACCCAGAUUUUAAGAUUUUCAAGACAUUUGCAAAUUAUAAAGAUUUUCACCUACUUCAUGUCAUGUGUGAAGCGAUGGAGUCGGUGGAGAUGGAAUGUGACCAAGACAGCGGCCAAGACAUCACAUCGAGCCAGCCUGCCCAGCCAUCACAAUCCUCCCAGCAACAUACACAAUCAGGAGUGACGUCAGAUGGAGUAAGCAGCAACUCUGACCUUUGUCGGUCUGCGGAGUCCUCCAGCGUCGACCAGUCGUGCGACUGUAGCAGCUCAAUCUGUCCACCUGUCUCCAUCUCCCAACAGCGGUCAGCUGUGAAAAGUCAACAGGCUUUUGGGCAGAACGAGUGUGACGCAUCUGGGAGAUACGAACAGAUAUCUCAGCCUGACAAUUCAGGAAAUGCUUCUGACUCCGACACAGAAAUUGUUGUGGACAGUCCAAGUGUCGCGGAUAAUGCCGCAUCAAGAGUUGUGUCUUCUAAUGGGGAUAAUGUUGAUGUCAGAGAUGAAGAGGAUGGUAAAUGUAGUAAUUCUACGGCUGAUUUGUACAUGCCACCUCGCGGGAUGUCAAGGUCGAUGACCCCAAGUCCUCCCUACAUCAGAUUAGCAACACCCAGUACGCCAGGGACCCCUAGGUUGAGGUCAGGGUCAGUUAGUGGUACUACUUUUGCACCGGUGUCACCCAAACCAUCUGCUCGGAACACCCCCAUGGAGAGGCAGAGAGCCGGCAGUAUGGGAGAAAUAGAAAUGCGAGAACGAAUGCAGGGAAUGGUCCGCAUAAAUGAAAGUUUGGAUAUCUUACAGUUGCCACGUCCUCGAAACCCAGGGGGAAUUCUUCCCCAAAAUGGCCAUGACAGUAUGGAUAGCUCAAACGAGGCCCUCAAUCUUAUCAUGGACUUCAAAUUAUCAAAAGAUAAAACUGACAAUCAUUUACUUGGUACAAUGAAUUCAUUCGGCACUUUUAGGUCUGUUGAACCAGUGUCCAGAGUCUCUUCAAGCUCUAAGCAUUCAAAUACCAGUUACUUGAUUAGUAAUAUAAUAAGAUCAACUCCCAACAAACUCAAAACUUCCACAGUAUCAACUCUAAGCAUCAAUUCCCUACGACGUAAUGGCUGCUCCAUUAACGAGGCGAUUGAACGCCCAAAACCAAGCAGUAUCAUUGACAGUGAGGGAGUGGCUAAGAAGAUCGCACGUCUGGACAGUGGGGGGUUUAUGUCUACCAGUACAUUAGAUUCAGUGUGGAGAGCUCCGAGCAGGGAAAGGUCACGAACCCUACUGCCCGGAGUUCGUAUGCUAGGGGACAAAACUCCGCCCGAAAGACCCAAGCCACCAAGAAGAACGGUGCUCUCACCUGCUGACAAUGGACAUCUUGAUCUCACCAUCUCCUCAAGUAUGCGGCGCCACUCUAGUCCCUCUCAUUCUCAAAGUUUAGCGAAGGAACUCCUUCCCUCGGGUGAGGAUUAUGACGGGGAUGUCGAGAUGUGUCCGCAUCUUCAUCACUACCGAUGUCGACUGUGUAACUACGCCACUGGUAGCUAUAACCUUCUACAGAUGCAUUCUACCAAACAUUCAGGUGGAAGCCGGACGUUUCGCUGUUCAGUGUGUGACUUUACAUCUUACGAAAAGGGGAGUUUUCGGCGUCAUCGUCGACUGCACCACAAGACAUCGCCAGUGAACCUUCUCCGUUGCGUCAAGUGUCAGUUUGUUACACCAUUAUCAAGGAAACUGCGCGACCACUAUCAGCAAGCUCAUCCUGAUCUCCCAGCAUCUACGUUACUUCCCGGGCUUACGUCGGGAGGCGGAACCAUUUCUCCCACUCCACUCUCAAGCAAUCACACGCUGCCUCUCGAUACGACUGGAAACAAUACGUAUCCAGCUCACUUCUAUGACAAUUCUCUUCUCUUACACAGAUCUGAUAGACUUACUGAAAGUUUCCCAUACUCUAUGACGAAUCGACAUCCUGUCGAUAUGCCAUUUGAUCAAUACAAUGUGCCAUAUGAGAGUUUCCGUGACCGACAGGGUGAUGCUUUAUCGUCCAGUUAUUUGCGUUCACUCGCACCUUCAGGUUUUCGCUCAUCUCAACAGGCAGCUACAAGCACGGUAACCUCGUCGAGCUACUACAUCCCUUCUGGAGUCGGAGGGUCGCAUAUUCAGGACAUUCAUACAUGUUCAAAUCACGGAACAUGUGAUCAAUCUUGUUCAAAUCUUCACACUGGAGUGAAAAUCAAAAUCGAAAAUGAUUUCGAUAUUUCUUCUAGUGUUUCUGGCUGUGCAUUAAAUGCAAGUGGUGUUACGCAUAAUCAUAAUGAUCAAAGAACAAUUUCUCAGGCUGAAGCCAUUUGUGACAACCCACGCCCCCAAGCAAGAGGAUCGCAUACAUCCACUUUUACAAAUGGCAAUUCUACGCCCAGGGAAGAUGGUGCAAACAGAUCAGCUACUGUUGAUCACCCGACUGAUCUCACAAGCCCGAAUAGACGCAGAAACAACUUCGCACUUAGUGCUACUAGCCACCAGCUGCCAUACAGGAUUAACGUUGAAAAUAUCGAUCUCGAUACCAGUCAUGACUCUUCGUCAGUCAGCGGCAAUCUUAACAUUUCAUCCGUGAGUGACACUGUCGUCAAAUCUGACUCCACAGCAAGGGGUGUGCAAUGUGUUCUGCCGCUGAUCAAAACCGAAAUCGACCUUGAUGGUGACUACUAUGACUUCUACAGUCGACCUCGGUUUGCCGGCAUAGAUCAAGCUAUUCAGUGCAAUCUCCCAGUUUCUGGUCAAAGGUCGCAAUCUCAAGGGUCAGGAAGACUGGGCUAUCGGUCGCAAUCUGCGAGCGAGAGCGACCAAAGUGAACAACAGUCUUGCUGUUCAGAGUCUCGUUGCGAGCACUGUGGGAUAGUUUUUGAUGACGAAGUGAUUUUCUCAAUUCAUCUCGGCUGUCAUAGCCACACGGACCCCUUCCGGUGCAAUGUCUGUGGCAAACAGUGUGGAAACAAAUAUGGUUUCUACUCUCACAUAAUGCGAGGACAUCAUAUCUGAAUGGCUUACAGAGCAUUUGAACAGAGACAAGCAGUAAUACGUUAAUUCAAAGGUCUUGUGUAUUUUUCCACCAUUUUGGGAAUAAUGGUUGGGCCUUACAAAUUGGGAAAAUAUGACAUUAUGACCUGAAUUUGCCUCUAGAAAACUGAACAAGAAUGCUUUAAAAAGAAAAAUUCAAAAGAUAAGAGAUUUUUAUUGAGAUAGUUGUUAUAAGAAAACAUCAACUUUUCCAUGUAUACAUAAACUGUUUGGGGUAGUAAAAAUAAUUAUAUAAAAUAGUGGUUUAUUUUUGUCAAAACAACAUAGGGAAUUUUAUAUUCACAAUUGGAAAAACAGUUUGUGUUUUAGCAAUGGGAAUUAGGGCUGAAUUUCAGCCGAGAAUCUUUUGAGAUAAAACACACAGUACCGGUACUUCUUGGUGAUUUUUUUUUUCUUUUUGAUGUAAACUUAAGUGGGAUGAUUCCAAAAUCUACUAAUUUUAUAAUUUCAAUUAUUAUUAACUUGAUGACCAGUUUCUUCCUGUUGCUGUUCAAAUAUUGAAUAUGCUCAUGUAUUUUUUACACUUGUAUAUCAUUUUUCAUUGCUUAUGUUUGUACCUUUUAAAUGUUAAAUUUAUAGGUAAUUUAAAAAAAACAAUCUGUAAUGACAUUGGUUGAAAUUUGCGUAAACCCGGAAGCCCACGUUUGGAAAAAUACUUUGUGGGCUUUCUACACUUCUGGAUUUUUUAUAGCUGGGCUUGUUAAAAAAAUUGAUGCCAAGCAUUAGUGCAAGGGUUCAAGCUUGUUCAUCAAAUAGUGUUUAUCGUUAUGACUGUAAUGAUACCCUUGUUAAGCCAUUUCAUAACAAUCCAGGGCCCCAUUUCAAUAAGAUAUCUUAUUUGUAAACCUAAAGCAGAUUAAGAAGUCUCCAUUCUCAUUCAUCCGGCCCCAAUUUCUCGAAACUUCUUAAGUCCCUUAUAACAGGAUUAAGCUAAGCUCACUAUUUUUCUCUUUUAAUAAUUUGCGUGAUAUUUACUUAUUUAAGGGUUUUUAUGCUUUAGACAUAAUCUUUAUAAUAAUCGCAAUAAACCAUUUUUCAUUAAUCAAAAUCCAAUUAAUGUAUGUCCCUUUGGCUAUUAAAUUGAAAUAAGCUACUUAAGCCUGUUAAGCUUUAGAAGUUUCGAGAAAUUAAAAUAAAAUACAUACUAAUAAUGGAUUUUAAUAAAUGAAAAAUGGUUUCUUCUAAUUAGCAAACAUAUUUUUCUUAUAUAAAUUAUAAAAACUCUUAAAGAAGUAAAUAUAACGCAUAUUAUAGAACAACAAAAAUAGUGAGUUUAGCUUAAUCCUGUUAUAAGGGAUUUAUGAAGUUUCGAGAAAUUGGGGCCUGACGUUUGAUUCCAAAACCGUAUGAAAUUCUUUAAAAUGCCCCUUUACUACUUCAGGCAUGAAUCCCUCAUACUCAAACAGAUCUACCCCCCCCCCCCCCCACUGAACCCCCACCCCUCUGGCUUUUUCAGGAUUUACAAAUAUCAGCUAUGAAAACCCCACCAGCCUUAUAAAAUUGUGCAAAGUUAGUGAAAUGGUUGAAAAGUAGUUGAUACAAAUAUUAAUAUAUACUGGUAAAUUUAAAUUUUACUUCCUUUUUUAAUUGUUAUAAAAGAAUUCUUUGCUUAAUUAAUCAUAUCUGUAUUGUCCAUAAUGGCAUAUCUUUCGGAAAAUGUAUUGAAUUCAUUCACAAAGCUAAUGUUAAUCAUUAUCAGUUUCACAAAAUGUUAAUAUCAUCUUACGUCAUCAGUGUAAAACUAUUUAAAAAAAAUUUGCAAUAUUUAACUUCCUCGUUUUGUAUAACAAAACCUGGUAAAUUAAAAUAUUCAAACGUCAUUGCACAUUGUAUCUUCACCAAAGCUAAUAGUCAUUCAUUCUUCAUUCAUUCCAUACAUUUAUUGCAUAAAACAAACAUGUCUAGUAAAGCUUAAUGUUGACAUGCAGUCAUAAAUUCGUCAGAUAAAUCAAAUCAAUUGUAAAACAUGAAUGAAGAACGUAUGAUGUCAACAGAUAUUUACACUGUCUAACAAACCAGAUACAUGGGCUACAAUUUAAAAAUAUUUCAUUCGGUCUUAUCCGACCCACAUUAUAUGAUUUGGGUAGAUGGGUAGUUUUAUUUUACUUUUCCUGGCCAAAGGCCAGAAGAGCUUAUGCAAUGGCACUGUGUUUGUUGUCUGUGUGUCUGAAAACAAUUGCUUGUGGACGUGAUGUGGUCUUCAGUUUUUAUUGUAUCUCAAUUAAAUUAAUGUAGUAGUUAAAUAUCCCUGAGAGCUUGGUUUGUUUCUUAAACCAGUCAGAUCUGCCCAUGCAUGACUGGAUUAUGGCCCUUGAAAUGCUGUAGCCGUUGCAAAAGUAUACUCUAAGGGAGACAACUUGUACAGAGAGUUGUGUAUUACAUGUAUUGUAGUGUUACUCUCCCUUUGCAAAACCAUGGAUUACUGGUUGCUUCCCUUUGAAUGUGGGUUCAGUACAUUGCCUAUUACCAGUAUGAACAUGCUUCAGAUAAAAAAAUACCAAAGAGUCAGUAGAGCAUAGGCCCUCAUUGACCUCUUGUUUUUACUUCAUAUCCCUUAAUUCCGUAAUGAAAAACAUGAACACCAAAAAGGGUUAAAAGACAUUCAGCUGAUGGGAUAUUUUAUGUAAGUCUGUCAGAAAAGGCCACACAUGCUUUUAAUUGGGGCCUGGAUGAAUGAUCAUAUAUUUAAGAAAUGUUUGGUUAAGGAAGGAACUAGAUUAUUUAGCUGUACAGAUAUCUGAGUUUGAUCAUACAUAAGUGUUUACUUAUAUGUUUUUAUUUCCCAGUGAGUUUCAAAGACAUAUCUUUGUUCAAAUUUAUUGUACCAGAUGUUAAAACAUUGUUUACUCUUGUUAUUGUGUAUCAUUGUUUUUUUCUUUAAGUCUUGUGUUUUUGCUUGUUUUAAUCUGCUGAUAAGAUAUGGAUCUGCAGCCAUAUGUUAAAGUGCUUUUUUACUCUUUGGGAAAGGAAGCUACAUUAUAUUACCUGGAGCUAUGAUUACGAACCGUCUCAAGUCCAAGUCUAGACGCAGACUCAGAAAAGCACUUUUAUUUAAAUUAAGAAAAGAAAUCACAUUUAUUCCAUUUCUUUUACCAAAUAAAUCUAAAUAAUUUUACAAUUUUAAAUAGUUAUAAAAUUCAGCACAUUUCAUCAUUAAUAUUCAACCAGAUGGGAAGCUUCAAUGAAAUGAAGAUUUUCAGUUUUGGCACUUGAGUCUGAACUCAGACGUGAGACUGUUAGUUACCAUUGCCCCUGGUUUAUUUUUCAUUGAACAGGAAAGCAUUUAUUGCGUAAAAGUGUGAAAUUGUGUAUGUAACUUGUACAAAUAUUAUUGUAGCCACAGACAGUACACAUUCCCUUACAGUGGAGUGUUAUUGUGUAAUGAGAGUGUUAGACCAUGUAUAAAUACUAGGCUUUAAGCCAGGCUUUAAAAAGGGCAGGGUUCUGCAGAAAAGGGACAGAGUGCUUAAGGAGAAAAGGGUAGUAUAGUAUAUAUAUAUAUAUAUGUAUAGUACAUAGUAUUGGGCUAUUAGGACCUUAAAUAUUAUUAAUUUGAUAGAAAAUACUAGGAAUAAUGUUUAUUUUCAGUAAUAUUACUUUUCAACUGUCAAAUUUAUAUGUAAAAUUUGAAUAUAUAUAUAAUCAUUUAAUCUAAAGAACAGAAAUAUUUGAUCUUCUUAUGCAAUGAUUCUAUGAGGGCAGAAGAGUGCACAUUCUUGUCUCUAUGAUGGCAAAAGGGUGUUACCAAAAAGGAACAAACCACAGUACCCAUCCUUAACUUUUGAGCUCAAACCCCAAAAUAGAUUUAUGAAUGUGAUUUUGGCUUGUAAUUGUAUCUUUAAAAGAAAGAAAUAUGAAGCUGUAAUUUUGCGCUAUCAAAUUUGUUGGGAAAUAUGAUAUUUGAAAAAUUGCAUGAUGCAUUCAAAAGGAAAAAUACCCAAGUCUGGAAAACGCUUAAAUUAUAUCAUGCAUAUAUAUAUAUAUAGAAAUGGAGCAUAAUAAACUGUUUAUGUCUGCAUUAUUUUUUUGGCAAAAUGGUUGUUUUUGUAUUAGCUUUUGUUACAUUUUUUUCUGUGAUAUUCAGAUAGAUCUGUUAUUUGUUUGUUUCGCUUUGCAUCUGACAAUUGUCUUGUUUGUUUUUUUUGCAUUUCGAAAGAUUUAUCUGUUUAUUUUUUGUAUCCUGUUCAUUUUCGAGUAUAAUGUUAAUUGCUACUUGAAGUUAAGGAAAUUCAGAGUUUGGGCUAUCCUAUAACCACAUGUAUGGUAUCAUACGAUCGCUUUUUCAACUUCAUAUUUCAGAGAAGUUAGAAUGUAUAUUUCAAAACAUAGAGAUUAUAAUAAGUCAGCUUAUGUGAACUUUUCAGUUUGAUUUGCCAUACUCAUAAAAUGUGUAACUGAAUUUUUUAAUCUUACAAUAUUGUUUUUACGCUAGUUAGUAAGAUUGGCGCAAAGGGCAUAGAAUUAUACAAUGAAAAGUAGUAUUUUCAAUUCCCCCAAUAAAAAAAUGUGGUACAUGUAUGGUUUUAAAAUGUAAGAAAUCAUUUGAAACGAUCAAGUAUUACGAUAUCAUGUAAUUUGGGUUUACUAAUUAUCCCAUUUUCAAUUUAUCGGUAUACCAUGCAGUUUACAAGUUUAAAAUGUAUGCCUUGACUGUGUUUAAAACUGUCGCAUGUUGCAGAAUAAAUAUUUUGUGGAAUAGUUUAUUGAUGGCCUCACAUGCGAUCAAAAUGCAGAAGCUACAAAAUCCAAAGUUUUUCAGUAUUGUCGCUGGCAACGUGUGUACCAAGUUUCAUUGAACGAAGGGCUUGGAAUUAAACAAAGAAAAAUAUACCAGUAUUUUCAAUUCCCCCUAUUAAAACAUGUAUGGUUUUAAAAUGUAAAAAAUCAUUUGAAACAAACAGGUAUUACUAUAUCAUGUAAUGCGUGUUACGUUAUAAAUACUUCGUGGAAAAGCUUAUUGAUGGCCUGGUCACAUCAAAACGCAGUAGCUACAAAAUCCAAAGUUUUCAGUAGCAACAUUUUUUGUAUUUCUUGGUAUUUUGAUCACACAUUGUUUGUUUACAAAAUGCCGAAGUUACAAAUUCUGAAGUUUGGCAUUUCUAUUUUUCUGUAAGAUGUCUAGUCAUUAUGUUUGACAUUUUGAUCACAUGAUUCAUCACCAUUUCCUCAUUGGAUGAUUUAUUCUGCAAUUUGCUACUAUAUACCGCUCGCCUUUAUGAUUUAAAAGAUGUAAAAAUUCCGAAAUCUGAAAAAAUGCAGCUUCGGCAUUUUGACAUGCGGCCAUCAUUAUGUUUGCAGAGCAUUUCACAUUCUACUCCACAUAUAGAAAGCUUUUUGUAUAUAAUCAGCAAAGAACCUUGUUCAAUACUUUUUUAUCUUAUUUUAAAGCUGCACUCUCACAGAUAGACCAUUUUAAAAACUUUUUUUUAUUUUUUUGUCUUGGAAAGUUCAAGUUUUCGCAGUAAGAUCUGCAAACCAAUGAUAUAAGAUUGCUGACAAAAAAUCAGGUCGUAGAUUUUCAUAUUUCCGUUUGAAAAUUAAUGUUUUAUGACUUAAAAAGUGAUCAAUUUUUUAACUUAAAUAUAAAAAUCAGCAAUCUGAUUUUUUGGGCAGCAGUCUUAUAUCACCGGUUUCCAUGGCUUUUCGCAAAAAUUGGCUUGUUCCAAAAAAAAAAAGGUUGUUAAAAUGUUCAAUCUGUGAGAGUGCAGCUUUAAUUUCACGUUUAUCCCUCGAAAUGAAAGAAAAUCCAUUCUCAGUCUGCAAUCAUUUAUGUCUUAAAAUUCUUGAUGUAAAAAGCUUGAGACAUUUGAAACCACCAAAAAAUCAUGAAAUGUGAAUACCUGUUGUUUCAGAUACGUAACAUCAAAUUUGAGGAUAGCCCACUUUUUCUUGGAAAAGAGGGUGGAAGAUUUAAAGCAAAUAAAGAUAAAGAUUUUAAAAUGAAAAAGAAUGUACAGAGGGUUACUAUUUUGUGUUUAUUUGCACAUUACUAAGCUCUUAAGAAGUUAAGUUGGUAAAGGCUGGGAGCAGCCCACAAAAUACAAUUUGAUUGUUUAAUAAGGCAUAAACUAUUGCCACCUUUGCAAGUGUUUGCUCAAGCCAGUACAUUCAUGUAUGUUCAAACUACUAAAUAACCAAUGUACUGAAAUCAUUUAAUGAUGUUUUCAUCAGAAGCCAUUUGAAUAAUUAAAUCGUGAUUCUUUCAUCGAUCCGAUUGGUGCCAACACUGAGUAUAUUUCCGAUUCAAACAAUAACUUGUGAUUAAUAAUUUUGAAUUGGGAUAUAUAUGUAUCAAAAGAACUUGGCACUUAUGUCAACAGUAUGGGGCAUCAUUUUUAAGCUUGUCAAUGUUAAAAAAAAAAUGUCUGGAUAUUUUGAAAUAGCCUUGGGUGUCGUAAUUGGCGUCUUCAGCGUGGAAAACUUGGCCAUAACUCAAAACUAAUUUGAGAUCUUUCAAUGAAACUUGGUACACAUGUUGCCAGUGACCAUACGCACAUGUACAGCAAGGCUUUAAUGAUUAAUAGAUUAUGACCGUUGCUUGACUAGAAAACAGAAUAUAAGAGUGUGGGUGCUGGCUACGCCGCGCUCUUUUUAAUACAAGUACUGUUCGGUCUAAGGAGGUCCAUAGCUCAAACUUCAAGGCCACAUUAAAAGUUUAAGCUUCAUUCACUAUGUAAUCAUUCAUGGCUCAGCUUAUACUCUGCUUUAAAUGAUGAAAGAAAAAAAUCAUUCUAUUUUAAAAUCAUUUGUAAAGUUAUGUUAACAUACUUAUAGUUCUGCUUUCUGUUCAUAUUGUAUCAAUUCAUAAACUUACGUUAUUGUAUUGUGUUUUAAUCAUAUUGUUAUCUUUUUUUAAAUAUCGCCUAUCUCCUUAGGGGGUAUAUUGUUGAAAGGAUUGUUUCAUGACAUUAUCUUGAUUUUGUAAUCAUUUGUUGAUCUCAGCAAGGCAGCUUAUGACCAUUUGUUCACUGAUAGCCUCAUUAGCAAUUAUAAUGCUUUUAUCUACUGUACACAGUUGCCAAGAUGUAUGACUUUGUGCUAUAAUUAUAUUUAGUGUCGUGAGACCUAUUAUAUUUAGUGGCGUGUGACCUAAAUUCAAAGUAAAAUCUGCAUUUUUUCAAUUCAGAUCUUGUUAUUUUUUCCAAAUAUUUUGCAAAACUUACCCACCUACAUCCAUGGAGUCGGGGAUUUCCGCCUUGUUCUUCAUAAAACUGGGAUUUUUUUAUAACUAAUGAGAUCAUAUGCUUACAAUUCUCUUUUUAACCAACCAUAAACUGCAGUUUUUCAAACAGAACUGCAACUGAAAAAAUAGCUUAUAAAAUCUGAUUGGGAAUUUAUAUUCAACUUUAAGUUAAGAAAAUAUUUAUUUUAUUUGUAUGUCUACUUUUUGGGGAGGGGGGUGGGAGCUUGGGGGUAACAAAAUAUCAUCUGUGAAAAUUGCCCCCCCCCCCCAAAAAAAAAACCCGUUUCAAUUGCAUCUUUAUGACAUUUUUGAAUUAGUAAGUAAAUUGACCUCAAAAAUGAUACAUAAUAUUCUGUGGGGGGUCUACCAGCUAUGUUAUGCCUUCCAAAAAAUAGAUAUACUUCCUGCACAAUUUAUAUCUACUUAAAAGGUUGUAAACAUUCAUAUAUCCUUAUAUGGAAAGUUAUGUCCUGAUAUGAAGUGACCUGGAAGUCUUUUUCACAUACGGCACGCUUUAUAUAGUAACAUAUUACAUCGGAGGUCCGAUUGCAUAGUUUACAGAUUUAGACAAGACUGGUCAGUCCUAAUAAGGUUUAUCCUGAACGAAUUAAUGGAGUUGUUAUAACAAGGGUCAUUUCUCCUGGCAACUGUGUCUAGUUAUGAUGAUGUUGCUAUUUGACAUUUUAAUUAUGAUAUAGUCAUUGUUAUUUCAUUUCAGUGGCCAUGAUUACGAACAGUCACAAGUUUAAGUCUAAACUCAGACUCAGAAAAGCGUUUUUAUUAAAUUACAAAGAAUCAUCUUUAAUCCAUUCGUUUUAGAAAAAUAUAUCCUUGUACGAUUUCGAAUAGUGAUAAAAUUCAGCAAAUGUCAUCAUCAAAACUCAACUGGGAAGAAAGUAACAAUGGAAUGAAGAUCUGCAGUUUUGUCACUUGAGUCUGAACUAAGACUUUAGACUGUUCGUAAUUAUAAUGGCCCCAUUGGCUAUGAUUACGAACAGUCUCAAGUCUAAUUAAGUCUAGACUCAGACUCACAAAGCAUUUCUAUUAUAUUACCACGGACCUUAUAUAUUACAAAGAAUAUGCUCUUUAUUGCAUUCCGUUUAUAAAAAUAAAUGUGAGUACCUGUACGGAUGGUUAUAAAAUUCAGCGAAUGUCAUCAUAAAUACUCAACUAGAAAGUGUAAUGAAAUAAAGAUUUGCAGUGUUACCACUGAGUCAGAACUCAGACUUAAUUGAGACUGUUCAUAAUCAUGGUCCCAGGUCUAAUGUGUACCAUGAUUUAAGGUAUUCCAACCAUCUUUAAGAUGCCUGGUAGCUCUAUGGUCUUAUAAGUCUGGCAAAAGAAUGAGGGAGCACUCCACAAAUAGAGAACAAAAUAUUUAUAGUACAAAAAAUUGUCCAAAAGGAUAUUACAAAUUGGACUUUUUGGCUCUGAAAGGUUGAAAAUAAUGGGGGCUACCAGUCGUCAAAUUAUAAUCUGACACAGGAGUUUUUAAGUUCAUGAUUUAUUACUGUAAUCUGGAUUAAGAGCUUUUACUUCAGACUUUUUUACUGUUGUAAAAAUUAUUUUGUUUGCUUCAGAAACUGUAUGAAGUACAUUGGAAUGAAUAUAAAUGCCUUUGUAAACAAUUUCAAAAAGGGUCUAAGCCCCUUUACCCUGCUUUUGGCAUGAAUCCCUACUAAAAUAGUCACCCAGCUAUUUUUAGGCUUAACCAUUAUCAGCUGUUGGAACCUCUGAUGAAAGUCAAUGUGACUAUAAACAGUAAAUCUUACCAAAUGAUGAAAUACAUUAAAGGCCUCUAGUUUAAGGAAUGUUUGGCAUGACAAUCCCCUACUGUGCAUCUCCUGCUAAUUCCAAUGAUGUCACAGUAGGGGCCAAUUUCCUGUUUAUUUCUUUAUUGGCUCAGGACCAUUUGGGGUCCAUUUCUAUAAUAAAACCUCCCAAACUGCACAGCAUGAUACUCAGAUCAGAGAUCUGAUAAGAGGGAUCAAGGCAAGUGUAGAUUAAGAACAAUACACAGAGGUUGUGUACUGUACACAGAAUGGGGGGGGGUGCGGGUCACUUAUAGUCGGCUUAAACUAGUAAACUAGGCCUUUGACGCUUAUCAACUGUUUGAACCCCUUAUUACAGUCAAUGUAACUAUAAACAGUGAACUCUACCGAUGGAUGAAACACCUUAAGUUUGCUUUAUCGUGCUUAUUGUGAUGUUAUUGACAUUAUGCCUUAAAAAGUUCAAAUAUGUUUGAUUUUUUUUUGUGAGAAAUGUUUUAUAUGUAGUGUUUUUAUAUUUGCAAAUUAAAAGGUAACAGCAUU